UAUCCAAGUGGUACAUCUGAAAAAAUCAUUGAUUUUUAUCUAAUCAUCAAGUGAAUGCGAUUUCAUUCCAAAAAAAUGAGCCAAUUCCGUAAUCGAUUUGGAUGGCUGUUACGACAGCAUUUUCAAAAAUCCACUCCAAAUGUCUCCAUUAAUAAUCGAAUAUCUACUAUUUCAGUUUCGAGUACAUUGGAUCGUCAUAAUAAUAAUUUGAUUCGAAAUCGCCCGAAAUUUCCAAUUCAAAGACAUAAUUAUCGACCGAUUUCCACAUCAUUUAAUCAGAAUUUGAACGAAACAACUAAUGAACAACAACAACAACAGAAUAAUACUCAUAAAAAUAAACCAAUGACUAAUCCAAUAUUCGGUUAUGAUGUCAAAAUUGAUGGCCAUAAAAUUCAUUAUGAAAGUGCUGGUCAAGGUGAACAUGUACUAUUAUUAAUGCCCGGUGCAUUAGGCACUGGCCGUAAUGAUUUUCUUCCACAAUUGACCGGUUUGGAUGGAUCAAAAUUCAAAAUUAUUGCCUGGGAUCCACCAGGUUAUGGACAAAGUCGACCACCAGAACGUGAUUUUGAAGAUUUCUAUAGACGUGAUGCUAUUAUGGCAGCCAAAUUGAUGAAGAAAUUGAAUCAUGAAAGCUAUUCAAUACUUGGAUGGAGUGAUGGUGGUAUAACCGGAAUCAUAUUGGCCGCUGCUAAUCCAUACAACGUACAGAAAUUAAUCAUAUGGGGUGCUAAUGCUUAUGUAUGUGAAGAGGAUCGAGAAUUAUUACGUAAAGUUCGUGAUGCUCGUAAUGGGUGGUCAGAAAGAAUGCGACGACCAAUGAUCGAGAUUUAUGGUGAUGAACAUUUCUAUCAAUUAUGGGAUCGUUUCAUUUCACAUAUGUUAACAUUAAGUGAUAUUUGUAAAAUGGACUUGAAACGCAUUGAAUGUCCAGUGUUAAUAUUACAUGGUGAUCAAGAUCCAAUGCUUGCACGUGAACAUCCACUUUAUCUGGUCAAUAAUAUUCCCAAUGCAACAUUGUUUCGAUUUGCCAAAGGUAAACAUAAUAUUCAUCAACGAUAUGCUGAAGAAUUUAAUGAAUUAUGUGAAGAUUUUUUACUUGUAAAAUAAUCAUUCUCAUUUGAUUUGUAUGGAACAAAGCAAAUGAUUAAAAGCAAUUUUUAUUUGUAAAAAAAAACUUUUGUUCUUGAUUACAUC